GACUCGCGAGCACGACAACGACAAAUUGUAGCAAACUAACAGCUAAUUAAGACGUCAUCCUAGCAUCAUCAUCAGUAGCAUCAUUAUGAAAAUGGUCAGUUCAUGGUACAAUGACGCAUGAGGUCGUACUCAAGAGCAAGCUGAGCAUUCACUUCAACGGUCGAAGAUGCAAAGUCUCAUCGGUGUUCUUCUUCUAUUUGCGUCCGCCUGCUACUCAAACGGUAAAGUGACAGAGAGGGUGAGCAGUGUAGUGUACCUCAACUCUGACGACGUGUCACAUUCGAGUGACGUCGAACUGACCCCAACGAUCAGCACCAAACUUCAACGACUCGGUUUCGUCAAGCAUCUCGUUCUCGACAGUUUCAUCGACGAAGAAGGGCAACUGACGCGAACGCGAGCGUUCAGAUUCUACAAGCGCGUGACAGCUAAAGAUCUACUAGAAACUAUCAGCAAGAUUGCCAACGAGCUACCUCAACUGGUAGACGAAGAACAAGUUGAUUACGUUCGGGACAUUUUGGAUGGCGAGGGUGAGAGUGAUAUAGAUGUUGAUGAAAUCAGAGCAUUACAGAUAGAGUUCAGAGACGAUAACAGUCAGGAAGAAGGAGGCAAGGAAUCGGAUGGAAACGACGUUGGUGGCGAUUCUACUGCUAGUCGGGAAGGACGAAAGAAACGCAUACUGCCUGCGAUCAUUCUCAUUGGUCUGCUGUUGUAUUCGCAAGACGCUCAUUGAUGCUUGACAUGUAGAAUAAAUUGAUGCUACAACUGAAACUUGAUAGAUGGCAGUUAUACCUUGAAUACUGUUGAUUAUAUAAGAUUUAAAGUAAACGAA